AUUAGGCUGGCUCACCUUUAGAAAGCAAGUUGAGCUACGACUAUGACCUUCCCUUUUUAACGUUGGUCCAAAAAAAAAAGAAUCUUAAAUAUGUCUAAAGGGAAAGUGCUGAAAAUCCAAUUUGAUAAUUUUACUCAUGUGUUUAGUUUGAGCAAGUCAAUGACUUUUGAUAUUUAGGGCACCAUGUUAUUCAUCUUUUUGUGAUUGGAAACGCAAUCUCUUAUUUCUUAUGCACAUAUGAGUUCAGUUUUGUCAUCAAAAAAGAUACUUUUAUGUUAAGAAAAUCCCGUAUUUUUUUUAUUUUGCUUUAUUCAACGUAUCACACCAUGUUAUCACUGUACUACAUAAAAUUAAGAAAGAAAAAAGACAUGAUUUCUUUUUAUAGAAAGCAUCUUUUUCUUUUUCUUCCUUAUAAUAAACAGCUUAUGGUUGACACUUCGACCUCACAUGGAUUUCUGACUCGUCGACACUCCACAGGCGAUGGAAAUCUAAACAAUACAAUGAUUCUUCCCCCUUAUCCACCUACUAUACCAAAUCAUAUCUGCCGAGAAUUCAGUACGCCUGAAGGCAAUUAUACCUUGAAACAUUCUGUUUUCAUCCAUUCUAUGCAGCCUCUGUAUUCAGUCGGUACAACAGCCAGUCUUGUCUCGAUCAAAUACAAAGAAACAGUGACGACACAACGGUACGAACCACAGCCUGGUGCUCGUGGCUUUCGAAGGAUGUUUAGUCAUGGUCUUCCUGAACCUGACGAGGCUCAUAAGCCUACAGACGAGAUGGGCGAAUUGCCUACGCUUUCUUUUUUGUCUAGAAACAAUAAACAUCCAAGAAAACUCAAGACAAGUUCCUCAAAAACAAAUUCGAGUUUUGUACAGUGUAUCAUCACAAAUGAACACUUGGCCAAGAUUUUGAUGUCUCGUACAAGCGAUGAUAUCAAUCUGUUUUAUAACUGUGGUACUAAUUUUAUUUGGGUGGAUGCGGCAGGACAUCCAAAGGAGCCCCUUUCUCGUAUUGUGUUUGCCAAAGCAUGUCCAACGUCACACGAUGUAAAUGUAUUGACUCGAGGCGCAGAUCAGUUGGAUAUUAUCAUUGGAUUUACGACAGGCGAUAUUGUUUGGUUUGAUCCCUUAUCCAAUAAAUAUGGGCGCAUUAAUAAAGGUGUACGUGGAUGAUUGCUUAUGUAAGCAAUUCUCAUGCAUUUUAUUAGGGUAUUAUGAACGCUUCAGCCAUCACAAUGAUCAAAUGGUUACAAGGUUAUGAGAAUUUA